UACGGUGAAAAUGAAGGCAACAUGAAAACCAUCUGAAGAGUUUCGUGUUGCGGAGGAAAGGAUACUAAUACCUCCUACUUGGUCACUGCGUUUCUAAUCAAUGGCAAUAUCACUGUACAUUUUGGAUCGAAGUUUCUAGCAUUGGAUGCAUAACACAUACUUGCGCCCAUCGUGCCAGUGAGAAAAAACGAAAAAAUGUCACUGUCUCCUUCAAAUUGGCUAGCGUGGAUCCCGGUGUGGCUGCCAUUUGACUCCAACCCUUUUGAUUGUGUAUUGCAAGGUCUGGUUGGUGCGUGUGGAAUCUCAGUGUUCUAUAAUCUCAUGAGAGUUCACCUACUCCUUCAGUCAAUCAGCAGUGGUUCUGAAUAUAAUCGGGACAGUAAAGACAAGGGAAGGUCAGAGUCUUCGCCUGCAGCAGGGAACAAGCCGUUGGGGGGACAUGGGUUGAGUGGUGUGCUGCAGUUUUGGUUCCUGACUGGCCUCCUGUCUCUGGUCGGCCCCCGGGUCUCCUCUCUAGUGGUCCUGGAGUUCUCCCUCAGAGCCGUUGCUUCCUGGAUCACUGCAGGACCGGAUGUCCUCCCAGGCAGCACCAAGCUCAUGCUGGUCCAGUGCCAGUUUUCUCUAGGCUGUGCUCUGAGCUGCAGUCUCCACUUCCUCCAGGAGGGGGCUCCCCAUCGCUCACUCAGCCUCUUGCUGGCGGCCGGUCUCAGCUGGCUGCUGGCGGGUCACUGCCACUUUCUCUGGGGCCACGUCUCCAGGCUCUACCACAUACACAGCUCCCAGCGUUACUGUGGGGUCUGCAUCACCCUCCUGAACUCCGGCCACUCCCUGCUCCCCUCGCUGCAGAGAGCCGUGCUCCUGGCCUUUGCCUUGGCUGGUGUGGCCGGCCUCGCCACCGUGCACCACCACUUCCUGUCCGAGGCGGAGUCUCUGAGGUUCUGGACACCACUGACCAUCUGCUACACCCUGUUGGUGGUCUAUGUCCAAGAGGAGCGGAAUCGACGCCCUGGCAGUGAGGCCUUGCUGCACACGGUGGCUUUGCGUCUGGGAGCCCUGCUGGUGCUCAUGCUGAUGGUGGGCCGCUGGACUGACAUGCUCCACAUCCUCAUCACCUUCCUGGGGGAAUUUGUCUGUCUCUUACCUUCUCAUGACCUCCUCCAAGCCCUGACCCAGGUGGAAGCAGAAGAAGACAUUCCCAACAGAUCUGCCCAGCACUCCAGCAGCACACAGCAGCACAUGUCACCAAGGAGAAGCCUGUGCUCCAUGUAUUCAGACAGAGAAACACAGAGAGACUAUCAGGCUGCAGAAUACCACAACACAGACCAGUCCCUGUUUCACUCUACCUCAGAUAGAGAAAAAUAACUUGUUCUUCAAAUACAGCCAUCUACUGGCCUGUCUCACUCUGUGAUAUGUUGAAAUCCAAUAAUGUCCCCAUUUACGCAUAUUAAUCAUUGAUACUGUUUUGUCCCAUAGACGUACACCAUUUUUGUCAUAAAUCAUAGCAAUAUUAAAAUAUGAAUUGUUGUUUA